UGGAGGAGGAGGCGGCGGAGGAGGCGGACGCGGACGUGGCGGCGGCGCUGGGCUGCGUACCGGGCACGGCGGCCGACCUGCGCGCCGUCUGCAGCAUUGAUAUGUUAAUGUCUUCUGAAAAGGAAGAGGACCCAGAUGUUAUUCCUGAAGAUAGCAGUCUGCUCACUCUUCGAAUUAGAAAGAAGGCCUUAGAAAGGAGAGAAGAAACAAUUAUUGUGGAUCGGGCUUGCAGACAGGAAACUCUUACCUAUGAGAUGGAGUCACUUGCGACUGGAAAGAGGCCAGACAAUCCAACAGAUCUAGUUGAGGAGGGAGAACUACUUUUAACCCUGAACAUCUUUUAUCCUGUUAUAUUUCAGAAGCAUAAGGAUCACAAACCCUACCAAACAGUCCUUGUAUUGGGCAGCCAGAAGCUCACUGAGCUGAGAGACUCGAUUUCCUGCGUCAGUGACCUCCAGAUAGGUGGUGAGUUCAGCAGUCAGCCAGAUCAAGCACCAGAGCACAUCAGCAAGGAUCUCUACAAAUCUGCCUUCUUCUAUUUUGAAGGCAUCUUCUAUAAUGAUAAAAGAUACCCAGAGUGCAGAGAUCUGAGCAGGACAAUUAUAGAGUGGUCAGAAUCUCAUGACAGAGGCUAUGAGAAUCUUCGGUCUGUUAAGAUGGAGGAUUAUGUUUUUAAUGAUUUAUACCUCAAAAUUGGCUUUCCAUACCUUUACUGCCACCAAGGGAACUGUGAACACAUCAUUAUAAUCACAGAUAUAAGGCUUGUUCAUCAUGAUGACUGUCUGGAUAGGACUUUAUAUCCCUUGCUGAUCAAGAAGCAUUGGUUAUGUACCAGAAAAUGCUUUGUGUGCAACAUGUAUACAGCAAGGUGGGUAACCAACAGAGACAGUCUGGCACCAGAGGAUCCUUGUUUCUUCUGUGAUGUCUGUUUUCGGAUGCUCCAUUACGAUGCAGAAGGCAAUAAACUGGGGGAGUUUCUUGCAUAUCCUUACGUUGAUCCUGGGAUUUUCAACUGAAACUGACUUGUGCCAGGAUUAAUUCAGUGAAUGACAUUGUUGAAUCUGUUGCUCUGGCUGUUAAAACCACUGGAAAGCUUGAGGUUUGAGCAUACUGUGGGAUCUUAAGUUAGGCUUGUAAUCAUCUCCCGUGAGCUGGAAGGAGUCCUUUGCACUUGAAGUCUAUCUCGUGUGUUUUUCUGAGUAAGUAUGAUUUUAUAGAUAGGUUGGCAUGGAAAAAUAUAGUACACUUUUGCAACAUGCAAACAUACAGUAGUUUGGAUGCUAUGGACUGUAAAAUGUGGAUGUUUGAGAGUGCCUGGUGAAAGAAACUAUGAUUUUGAGAAGCUCUGUGUAUCCAAGGCUCUGUAAACAUUUGAGCAUGAGAACAUGAUUUGUAUUUAUCUUACCUUGAAAUCUUAGGCAAGUGCCAUAUUUGAACAAGGGUGGAUGGUACUGAAUUUGUAAGGAGGAGAACGCUUUCUGAGAGAGAAGCUCAGAAUGCUGGAACUCUUCAGUCUUUCCUGCAAAUGAAAGCCCACAUCUGAAGGCUUCUGCUGUCCCUGGUUUCUGACUCUGAGGACUGAUUCAAUAAAGAGGAAACUACGUUUCACCAUUAUUCACUACUGAAUUGUAUCUUGCCUUUUAAAUAAUUUUGUCAACUGUUUACAGUGUAUGCAGUGUUCAUUGUGCCCUUUUUUUUAGUAUCGUUCUGUUACUGUAAGUAAUGGGGCUUUUUUUAUUAAAAUGUGGCAAAUUUGUAGUUCCUAAUCUCUUUUUAAACUGAAAAUCUGUCAAGACAGGAUAUUCUUUUUUAUUAAAGUCUUCUGGAAUUAAGAGGAUGUUAGCAGAGAUCUUUGUUGUUUAGGAAAGUUAGUGCUAUCUGCUUUUCUUUUGGAAACUUCAGCUAGUUCUGGUUGGGGGAAUACAGCCUGUUCUGACAAUUCUGAUACAGAAAAGUGACAAACUGAAUCCUGUUCAGGUCCUGUAGCUGCAGAUCUGCCAGUGCUGACUUGAUUAUCUUAGAUGUCUUGAAACAAAGGUAUCUGAAGCACUUGCAAGACUCCACUAAUCAUUCCCUUAUCUUACUGCUUUCUGAUGGUGUAUAAAGUCAUAUUUAAAUACUAAUAUAAAUCCAUUUGUUUUUUAGGAACAAUAAAAUUUUUUUUUCCUGUCUUGUAAACCAGCC